AUGUCCUCAUUCCCAAUCGUAUCAAUAACGCGACGUGAAACUUUCAGUUCUUGUCACCGACUCCACAGCCCGUUUUUAGGAGACGAAGAAAAUAAAAAACUUUAUGGUAAAUGUAAUAACCCUAAUGGACAUGGACACAAUUAUGUUGUCUUGGUGACAGUUAAAGGCCCUGUAGACCCACACACGGGUAUGGUUAUGAAUGUACAUGAUCUCAAGCAAUACAUGCAGAUUGCAAUUAUGGAUCCCUUGGACCACAAGAACUUAGAUCAUGAUGUCCCAUAUUUUAAAACAGCGGUAAGCACUACAGAGAAUCUGGCAAUAUUUAUUUGGGACCAAUUACAAAAAGUAAUGGAGAAACCACAACUGCUCCAUGAAGUUAAAAUACUAGAGACUGAGAAGAACCAUGUAGUAUACCGUGGAGGAUCCACCUACCCUAGGAAAAAGCUUGACAACAGCUCUCUUCACCCCAACAAUCAACAUAAUGUCUCUUCAGAUUCUGACUAG